ACGGCCUGGCGCGCGGCGGCGGCGAGCGCGGGGCGGCGGCGGCGGCGGCGGCGGCGGGGGUCGCGCCCAGGGCAGGAAUCCGGAGAUGGGGCGCCGGUCGUCGGACACCGAGGAGGAGAGCCGCAGCAAGCGCAAGAAGAAGCACCGCAGGCGCUCCUCGUCUAGCAGCAGCUGCGACAGCCGCACGCACGGCCGCAAGAAGGGCGGGCGCAAGUCCCGGUCCCACUCGCGCUCCUGGUCCCGAGACCUGCGGCCUCGCUCGCGCUCUUACGAGAGAAGACGCAGGCACCGGUCCAGCAGCAGCUCCUCGUACGGCUCCAGGAGGAAGCGAAGCCGAAGCCGGUCCAGGGGCCGAGGGAAGUCGUACCGAGGUCAGAGGUCGAGGUCCAAGAGCAGGACGCGCAGGUCCUGGUCGAGGGCGCGCCUCCGUUCCCGCAGCCGGAGCAGCGAGCGGCCCAGUCACAGGAGGACCCGCAGCGGGUCGCGGGACCGCGAGCGUCGCAAAGGCAGAGAGAAGGAGAAGAGGGAGAAGGAGAAAGGCCAGGACAAGGAGGGCCACGGCGCCAAGCGAGGGGAAUCUGGAAGCAUCAAAGCUGGAUUAGAACAUCUGCCGCCGGCAGAACAGGCCAAAGCCAGGCUCCAGCUGGUUCUCGAAGCUGCUGCCAAGGCCGACGAGGCGUUGAGGGCCAGAGAGAGGAAUGAAGAGGAAGCCAGGAGGCGCAAGGAGGAAGACCAACCCACCCUGGGCGCGCAGGUGAAGCGGGUGAAGGAGAUCGAGGCCAUCGAGAGCGGCGGCUUCGUGCAGCAGGCCUUCCGCUCCAGCAAGGAGGUCAAGAAGCUGGCGGAGGCGGGCGAGGCGAGGCCUGCGGUGGCCGUGGCGGGACCAGCAGCGGCGGCGGCGGCAGUGGCAGACCCUCCCAGUGGUGAGAAGGAGGCGGACGCCAACAGCAUCCCCACCGCCAUCAAGUACCAGGACGACAACUCGCUGGCACAUCCCAGUUUAUUUGUCGAUAAAGCUGAUGCCGAGGAGAAGUGGUUCAAGAGACUCAUCGCCCUGCGGCAGGAAAGGCUGAUGGGCAGCCCCGUGGCCUGAGCCCGCCGGGGGCUCCGGGGGUGCAGGGUCUUCACUCCGGGGCCAGCUGGUCACCCUUCCAGAAGAGUUUAGCUGAUCAUAGGAGAAAGUAACCUCGUUUUAUAUUGUUUUCCCGUGAGCUUGAAGUUUUAUUGAUUUGAUAUUAAACACUGUGGGUAUCAGGUGUAGGCCUGAAGAAUGCAUGAACACGUGAUGCUCAUUAGCUGAGCUGUUCCUAAGGUGUCAUUGUUUAAAUAAAUUGUUUACUGUCAGGUUUCUGGAGAA